GAGAUGGAAAUAAAGCUUCCUUAAUGUUGUAUGUGUCUUUGAAGUACAUCCGUGCAUUUUUCUUUUAGCAUCUAACCAUUCCUCCCCUGUAGCCCUCGGCCCCUCAAAUCACCCUCUCCCCUAUCCCACCCGACUAACAUCUCAGUCUCUGAAAAUGCACAAAGAUGCCUGGCUACCUCGCCCUGCCUUCAGCCUCACGGGGCUCAGUCUCUUUUUCUCUUUGGUGCCACCAGCGAGGAGCAUGGAAGUCACAGUACCUACCACCCUCAACGUCCUCAAUGGCUCUGAUGCCCGCCUGUCCUGCACCUUCAACUCCUGCUACACCGUGAACCACAAACAGUUCUCCCUGAACUGGACUUACCAGGAGUGUAGUAACUGCUCCGAGGAGAUGUUUCUCCAGUUCCGCAUGAAGAUCAUUAACCUGAAGCUGGAUCGGUUCCGAGACCGCGUGGAGUUCUCAGGGAACCCCAGCAAGUAUGACGUGUCAGUCACACUGAGAAACGUGCAGCUGGAAGAUGAGGGCACCUACAACUGCUACAUCAUGAACCCACCCGACCGCCACCGUGGCCACGGCAAGAUCUAUCUGCAAGUCCUCAUGGAAGAGCCCCCUGAGCGGGAUUCCACUGUGGCCGUGAUCGUGGGCGCCUCCGUCGGGGGCUUUCUGGCUGUGGUCAUCUUGGUGCUGAUGGUAGUAAAGUGUGUGAGGAGGAAAAAAGAGCAGAAACUGAGCACGGAUGACCUGAAGACGGAGGAGGAGGGCAAGACGGAUGGAGAGGGCAACGCGGACGAUGGCACCAAGUAAUGGGCGGGCGGCCGGCCCUGCAGCCCCUCCCUUGCGUCCUGUCUCCCUCCCACUCUCCGCCCUGCACAGUGUGCCCCCGCCUGCCCUCUCUUGGUGUGCUUCUCUCGAACCAGGACCCCAGGGCUGACCUGGGGCCUCCUGACCCCCUCCCUUCGUACCUGCCACCCUGCACCAAGAGAGACUCACCUCUCUUUGAUUUGAGAAACCUGCCCUGGCGUCUGGGAUGUGUGGGCCCUGGGGGGAGGGAGAAGUGGGCUCAAAACUGCCAGCCUCUGAGAAGAGGCAGGAGGCCUGUGGGAGGGGCGCA